GCAGCUGAGGCCUUACACAACUGAUGACACGGCUCGCCGUGUCCCGAUGGCAUUUGCACAGCGCAGGAGCCCCCUCACGCACAUCGUCGUUGUCCUACAGUUUUGCGGCCUUGUUCUUCUGACGGCGCUGCUUGCGACGCCGGCCCAUCGACACCCAAUCGUCAAUGGCAUAGUCGGCCUAUCUAUCAUACGUUGCAUCGUAGGGAUUGUACCGGCUACUAUUUAUCUGAGCAGCCCCAGAUACCGAGCAUCAUUGGACAAUUUGCAGCAACAUGCAGGAUGGGCACGCUUCUGCGUGGCUGAUUCUCUCCUGUUGAAUUACAUUACAAUCGCGAAAUCAGCGUUCGCUAUCAGUUUCACGCUGGGCUACUUCGCUGACUGCUACGAAGCCCUGUGUUACUUGGCCUGGAAAUUCACGAGCAAUCAUCGUGAUCGUCUAGAGACACAGAAUACACCACAGUUCUUCAAGCGGACAAUCAUCGUGCUUUGCGUUGGUCCAUUUCUCUGGGCCCUGCCGGUGAUACUUGCGCCUGAGUUCAUUCGGUCAGAUGUAUGCGUUGUUAACAAUAACGUUGCGCAAAUCUUGGCCCUGCUGCUCACUCUCAUUCCGCUCACCGUAGCGGUUAUCGCAUCAAUGAUGCUCCUCUUCGUCCUCUGGAAAUAUUACAAGCUGCCUGACCUGCGGCACAGCUUUGAACUGCUUCAUCCACUCCGCAUCGUCCGCUUUGCUGCUCUCGUAUCGACUAUAAUUGUUCUGCAAUUCUGUGACUUAGAGUGCCAGAAUGCCUUCGAGGCAUGGCUGAAAACGAGUUUCACUUGGGAAUCGGUAUCCCCCCUGAUAUUCUUUCUCAUCUUCGCUGCGCAGGAGGAGAUCUAUUCGGUGUGGUGGCAAUGGAUCCGACGGUGGCUACCUCACCGGAGCUUCAAGUCCUCUCGUUUCGACGAGACGACCAUGUCACCCAGCUCAAAGAAAGAUUCCUGCAACCGGCGUCCAUUCUACAUCUUUGCAUGGCUUUCCGGACAUCGCAAUCACGCCGACCAGGAAGAUCCAGACCACUAUGACUCUGCCGUCGUGCUGAGUAAAGCACGCGAUAACCACAGGGCUGGGAGGAGCCCGCAGGGGCAAAUCAUGCACAUAUCGUACGCUCCCUUCACGCCUAGCCACGACCUCCGAGGACUGCCACCCCCACCGCGCCAUCAACGCAGUAGGAGUCAGAGUCCACGCGAGUCGGCCGUGUUCAGGGCUGUACCGUCGCUGUCUGCGUUGGGCCCGAAGCGGAGAGCGACGUCCGAGAGCCGGAAACAGCCUGUGCCGUCACAACUGCUCGACCAUAAGCCUGGUGCCGGCAAAGGUCUGCGGCUGACGCCCUCGGACGAAGGCCGUUCGAAAGGCGAGGUAUCGAGCUGGGCGGAGGAAUUCAUUGGUGGGAUGGAAGAGCACUCGCGACCAGCCAGCGCUGCAGGAGGGGCAGUGGACGCGCUGGAUCUACAGGGACGUUUG